AUGCCAAACUACAAACUUACUUAUUUUAACAUGAGGGGGAGAGCAGAAAUUAUUCGCUAUAUAUUUGCAUAUUUGGACAUAAAGUAUGAAGACCAUAGAAUAGAACUAGUUGACUGGCCUGAAAUCAAAUCAACUCUUCCAUUUGGCAAAAUUCCUGUUUUAGAAGUCGAUGGUCUUACCCUUCACCAGAGUCUAGCAAUAGCAAGAUACUUGACCAAAAACACAGAUUUAGCUGGAAAAACAGAAUUGGAACAAUGUCAAGUUGAUGCUAUUGUGGACACAUUGGAUGACUUCAUGUCACGUUUUCCAUGGGCAGAGAAAAAACAAGAUGUAAAAGAUAAGAUGUUUAAUGAGCUGCUCACACAUGAUGCACCUAAUCUUCUGCAAGACUUGGACAUAUAUUUAGGAGAAAAAGAGUGGUUUGUUGGUAACUCUGUAACUUGGGCAGAUUUCUAUUGGGAUAUUUGCAGUACUACGCUUUUGGUUUUUAAACCUGACUUGCUGGACAUCCAUCCCAGGCUAGUGACUUUACAAAACAAAGUCCAAGCCAUUCCUGCCAUCGCUGACUGGAUACAACGGAGGCCCCAAACCAAACUCUAG